CACGGGGACAAAGCGCAGGCACUACAUUCCAAACCACACCUCUUUCAUAUCUGUCUCCUCAGCAUCCAGAAACAUGGAGCUCAAGCCUGUUGAGGUUGAAGCAGCCAGCGAGCAUUCCAGCGAGAGCACAGACGUUUCAUCGCUAUCGCUUUUCACGAAUUUAGACAAAGAAUGGGAGCUUGACAGCUCAAAGCCAUCUCUACACAAUGCCAGCAUUUUUUACAUGAAACCAAGUCCCCAGUACGACGCCGAGAAGCCGUAUUUCUUCAAUGUCCCAGUGGAGGCCUCUUGGUCCCCGAAGGUAAAGCAAACUAAUGUGUGCUAUACACGCAAAACCGUCGCUAUAGCGGAUGUGCGUGGACAUGAGCGAAUAUUCUUACUGGACAAGCAUGGAUUCCAGCUAGGAAACUUUGUCACGUCUCUCUCAUACGAUGAAUUUGCGUCAACUGAUAUCAUCGUCGGGCGAUAUUACGAAGAGGUAAAACAAUUUCUCAAGGAAAACAUAGGGGCUAUAGAUGUUCUCCCGUUCGAUUUUCAGGUCCGUCGCAAAGAUCCUACUCUUCCGUUUGGAUCUAGAGGAGCCCCGGGGAAAGCUCAGCCAUUUGCUGCAGUUCAUGGUGACCAAACAAUCAAUGCUGCCUACAGGCGCUUGAAGCAUUUUCAUCCCGAAUACGCUCAGAAGUAUGCGAAAAAUCGAUUCCAGAUCGUCAAUGUUUGGAAACCACUGAGAGGUCCAGUCUGUGACUCCCCUCUAGCUGUCUGCGAUUACAGGACUGUCAAAGACGAAGACCGAGUUCCCACCGAUAUCAUUUUCCCUGAUUAUUUAGGUGAAACAUACAACCUUUGGCCGAAUCCUAAUCAUCGCUUUUACUUCAUUGAUAAACAACGAGCUGAGGAAGCAUGGAUGAUCAAGUGCUUUGACUCGGAAUCGAUGAUAAGCCCAGAGAUUGCGCAAUUUGCACCUCACGUAUCGUUCCCUUACGGGCAUCGAGGGGAUAACAACCCUAGAAGAGAGAGUGUAGAAGUAAGAGCAUUCGUCUUCUAUUAAUAAUUAUCGAGUGUUCUGGAAUCUAGUAGACACUUCACAUCUUUGUCAUUCUAUAUCAAUACAUGAGUUUUU